AUGGCGGCGCCCCCGGGGCGGCGGGAGCGGCUGCGGGCGCUGGCGCUGGGCCGGGGGGCGCUGGGGCUCGAGACCCUCCUGGAUUUGCUGCUGGGGCUGGCGGGGGGGCUCCGGCACCGCCUCAACCACCGGGACCCCCCCCGCCGCACCGGCGACACCGCCGGGGGCAGCGCCGGCCACAACGGCGACAGCGGCGGCGACAGCGGCGACAGCGGCGACAGCGACAGCGACAGCGACAGACACGUCCGGGACUUUCUGAGCUGGGGUAAGGCGGGGAACCGGGAACGGGAACGGAACGGGAACGGGAGCGGAACGGGGGGGUCCCGAUCGGGCUGGGGGGGGCACCGGGAACGGGAAUCGGGACUGGGGGGGCACCGGGAACGGGAACGGGAACGGGAGCGGGAACGGGGGGGUCCUGAUCGGGCUGGGGGGGGCACCGGGGACAGGACCGGGACGGGGGCACCGGGAACGGGAACGGGAACGGGAACGGGAGCGGAACGGGGGGGUCCCGAUCGGACUGGGGGGCACCGGGAACGGGAACGGGACCGGGACGGGGGCACGGACUGGGGGGUUCGGGACCGGUACGGGGGGGUCCUGAUCGGACCGGGAGGGCACCGGUACCGGGGGGGCACCGGGAACGGGCCGGGAACGGGACCGGUACGGGGGGGGGUCCCGAUCGGACCGGGAGGGCACCGGUACCGGGGGGGCACCGGCACCGGGACGGGAACGGGGGCACGGACUGGGGGAGUUCGGGACCGGGACCGGAGCUUGGACUGGGGGGAUCGGAACCGGGGGAGUCCCGGACCGGGACGGGGGGGUCCGGAUCGGGCUGGGGGGCACCGGGACCGGAACGGGGGCUCGGAUUGGGGGGUUCGGGACCGGGAACAGGGGGGGGAUUCGGGACUGGAGGCACCGGGACCGGGACCGGACGGGAUUGGAAUGGAAUGGAGGGAGUUCGGACUGGGGGGGUCCGGGCUGGGGGGCACCGGAACGGGACCGGGAACAGGAGGGCGGUUCCGGGUAUGGGACCGGGAGCGGGACGGCACCGGGGGCUCGGAUUGGGGGGUCCGGGACCGAGAACGGGGGUCCGGGACUGGGGGGGUUCGGGACCGAGAGUCCGAAACCGGGACCGGGGAGAGGGGGGGGGGGGGGGGGUCCAGAUUUGGGGGUCCGGGACCGGGGGGGUUCGGGACUGGGGGUUCCGGCACCGGGGACCGCGACCGGGCCUGGGAGUUCCGGGACCGGGAGGUUCGGGAUUGGGGGAUCCGAGACCAGGAAUUUCGGGAUUGGGGGGUCCGGAACCGGCGGUGUUCGGAACCGGGGGUGUCCGGGCUCGGGGGGGUUCGGAACCGGGGCUCGGGGGGGUUCGGAACCGGCUCGGGGGGCUUGGAACGGGCUCGGAGGGUUCGGAACGGCCCUGGGGUUCGGAACCGGCUCGGGGGGCUUGGAACGGGCUCGGGGGGGUUCGGAACCGGCUCGGACGUUCUUGUUCUGGUUCCCCUGACCCGGUUCUGGUCCCGGUUCUGGUUCUGGUUCUGGUUCCCCUGA